CGCGCGCGCGGCUCGGAGGCGCACCUGUGAGGUGUCCCUUGAGGAGAGGGAGGGUGGGUGCGCGGAGCCCGCGGCCUGGGGCGCUUCAACCCCUCACUUGGAAGCGCCCUGCGUCCCAGCAGAGCCCGCCGAGCAUCCUACUCAGGUGAUGAGGAACCUUUCGCGCACCCAGCGCAGAACGCCGCUGCCGCUGGACGCCUCCAUUGUUUGACCACAACAAGGGCCGGAUUCUCACCCAGUUACUAGUCUAGUGCAUCAUCAUCUGAGGUAAUGCUGAUCAUCUUUGUUGGAGAGCCUUCUCCAGACCCUCUGACACACUUGCCUGUUCUACAUGUGUGAGGAAGAUUAAUCAUGUGGCCACUUCAGCCCAUUGCCGUUGGUGGUGGUGAUUUUUGGACCUGCAAAUCCAAGAGAUACAUCUCUCUGGACGAUAAGAGAGCUUCUUCCUCAAGAUCAAAAAAGGAGACUGGAGUGAGACCCAUGUAGGGAAUCCCCAGAAGGAAGGAUUGGCACACGUGGAACCCGAGGAGCUUGCUUCCUGGGAAGGCUCCUAUCUGAUGUGUAGGAGGCAGAAUGUCCUACUGACUCUUCAAGGGGAGGCUACAGGGGAUCGAGACCCUCCACCACAGGGGACACUGUGCAGUCCUUUUUCUAGAAGUGGGAAGUACGAGAUUGUUCUACAAGAGGAAGAUUCCAGGGGCUUACAAACGCAGAGGUUUGCACCUUGGGAGCCCCUUGGAAUGUUGACAACUCAGGAUCUAAAGGAAAGUUCUGUGUUCAUGAGUUACAGAAUUCACGUGGAAGUAAAUGUCACUUUAUGAUCAAUAAUAAUACUGAGUGAGGAGCACUAUGCAGGAAGAAAUCUUCCACAGAAAUACAGGCAGGGAGAAGCUUAGGCCAACCUUAGACCUACCUAAUAGAGCAAGCCUGAGAUAAACUGCCAGAAUGGCCAAAUAAGAGACUCUAUGAAAUAGCAAUCCUGUAACUAUAGUAGUCGUACAGAAAUUUUUUCCUCUAAAUCACGAUACCAAAUAGGAAAAAUGAUCUACAAGUGCCCCAUGUGUAGGGAAUUUUUCUCUGAGAGAGCAGAUCUUUUUAUGCAUCAGAAAAUUCACACUGCUGAGAAACCCCAUAAAUGUGACAAGUGUGACAAGGGUUUCUUUCAUAUAUCAGAACUUCAUAUUCAUUGGAGAGACCACACAGGAGAGAAGGUCUAUAAAUGUGAUGAUUGUGGUAAGGAUUUUAGUACUACAACAAAACUUAACAGACAUAAGAAAAUCCACACAGUGGAGAAGCCCUAUAAAUGCUAUGAGUGUGGCAAAGCCUUCAAUUGGAGCUCACAUCUUCAAAUUCACAUGAGAGUUCAUACAGGUGAGAAACCCUAUGUCUGUAGUGAGUGUGGAAGGGGCUUUAGUAAUAGUUCAAACCUUUGCAUGCAUCAGAGAGUCCACACCGGAGAGAAACCCUUUAAAUGUGAAGAGUGUGGGAAGGCCUUCAGGCACACUUCUAGCCUCUGCAUGCAUCAGAGAGUUCACACAGGAGAGAAACCCUAUAAAUGUUAUGAGUGUGGGAAGGCCUUCAGCCAGAGCUCAAGCCUCUGCAUCCAUCAGAGAGUACACACUGGGGAGAAACCCUAUAGAUGUUGUGGGUGUGGGAAGGCCUUCAGCCAGAGCUCAAGCCUCUGCAUCCACCAGAGAGUGCACACUGGGGAGAAACCUUUUAAAUGUGAUGAGUGUGGGAAAGCCUUCAGUCAGAGCACCAGCCUCUGCAUCCACCAGAGAGUGCAUACAAAGGAGAGAAACCAUCUCAAAAUAUCAGUUAUAUAGAGCGUUUUGCUAAGAGUUAAAAAUCUUAAAACCCAUAAGUGCCACUAGGAAGGAAACCCUGUAAAUACCUACAUUGACCCAAGAAAUUUUUACAGCAAGCCCCAGCAGGACAUUUUUUUUGAAGAGGCAUAUGUGAGGUUAGUUUUUUUUGAUUCAUGCCGAGUGUGUUCCACAACUUGGCUUUGAAUCUGGAAUCCCUCUGAGUGUCUGCCCAAGACAGGCUGUGAGGUCCCAGUCAUGGGUGUGUGUUCCCUGGGAUUUGGGCCUGAUGCCUCAGUUAAUGGGAAAUACAACACAGGAAACCAUGAUCAUUGCCCAGCCUCCUGAGUCACCUUCUGUCUGCGCUUUACCUAAAAGUUAUCCCAGUCAUCCCCCUCUUCAGGAGCUCAUGCCCUUCCUUCUCUCGAUUCAGGCAUACUGGUUAGUGCAUUUGAAAACGGACAGCUCCCACAAAGACAGUGUUCUCGUAUUUCUGAGGUUAUCCCUUGGUUCAGCCCCUACAUAUCGUUCCAUAGAUCCUAUUACCUGUGAGCCCGCUUUACCUGUAUGUCCUCACAGUACCCAUAAAUAUCCACCCCUUCCUAGAUGGCAUUAAAUUUCAUUUUAGAUUUUAGGUGACUCAUAAUUUCCAUUCACUUGGCCCAUCAGAGAAGUCACUGGCAGACAUACAUGCCCUUGAACUUUUUUUAAAACAUGUUGUGGAUUCUGCUAAUCACUGUGUCUCUAUGUUAGACUUAAUUUUCUAGUGGCUACAUCACAUAUUUUUAACUUGAAUUUUUUGGAAAUAGCUGAAUGUAAAUAGGGAGGAAGAAGCAAGCAAGCAAAGUUGGAACUUUCCUCCAUCCAGAAUUGCCCUCUUGGGCUCCUUUUGUAGCACGUGGAGCUCCUUACUAGCUAGGGGAGACCAUAGGAGAAGUGGAUGGUGGGAGGAGUCACUAAUAAUAUUUAGUCUGUUUCUGUAAUUUUGGGCAAUAAUGUGUAGGAGUCCUCGAUACCUUCAUUGAGGAUCAUGUAUUCCUUCGUUUUUAGGCAUGAAUAUCUAUGUCACUCUCUCCUUUCUUCAUUCAUUCAACAAGUAUUUAUUGAACACCUCCUAUGUGCCAGGCAUUGUGCUAGGUGCUGGGAAUACCAAUGAGUAAGACAGACAAGGGCCCUACUCUCAUGGAGUUUACUUCUGGUGGAGGAGACAGAUGAUACGCAAGUAAGCAAAUACAUACUGUAGUUUGAGAUAGUGAUUAAGUGCUAUGAAGAAAAUAAACUAGGGUGAUGAUUUAGAGUGGGGGUGGGGUGGGGGUGGGGCAUCAUUAGACAGCAGUCAGGGAAGGCCUUUCUGAGGGGGGCGCUGGAGUGGAGCAUGCAAGGCUGGGAGCACCAGCUGGCUGGCCCCCGCUGUCAUGUUUGCGGAGCGGAAGGUGGCCAGGUGCUGGGGCAGAGUGAGCAGCGGGGAGGGGAGAGAUACUGAGUUGCUCAGUAUCCCGACGUUUAUAGGCCCUUUUUUCUUUUCUUUUUCUUUCUUUUGGUUUUUUUUGUGUGUGUGUGUGUGUGGCUAGAUUGAUACUAAAAACUCAUGUGGAAGAACUCAAGGAAUGUUUAGAAGACCAAAAGUCCCCAAUGAGAACAAAAAUCAACUAAUUUUUAACUUUCUCUUCUCAUUCCUGUUUCCAUUGAUUCCCACAUGUAGUCCUUAUGCUCAGGAAGUCUUGGGGGAAGUUAAGGAUCUUUGAAGCUCUGAAAUGGGUGAACAGGUUUGUGGUGUCUGUCAAUUGUCUUAAGAGGUUGGGAAAUGAAUUACCUGAAAUAGUCAUCGAAAUACUGAAACAAAGCUUGAUUUUCUCUUCAUAUUUGAAUUAAUUUUUUCUGUUUGACUGGAAAGGGUUUUUGUGUAACUAAAACCUCAAAGGCAUAAAGGAGAUUUAAAAGGAGCACAUAAUUUAGUGGGUGGGCCAUGAAACUAGAGAUGGGGUUUGGGGAUAAUUGUGUCCCUCUCUGGAUUUUCAUCCAGACAGCUCUGUUCACAGCCUUUGGGAAGUCCCUUCUCCUGUGUGUCCUUCUUGCCCAGGAGAGGGCCAGCCUGGUUCCUGGGUGGAACCCCUUCCAGGCCUGACGCCCUCGACUACGAUUUACUGUAGUGUCUUACCCUCGUCCAUGUCAUGGUAGCCUGCGGCGUUAGAGAGCCGCCUAGACUUUUAGUUGGUAGAGAGACAGCGGAAAUAUCAUCAGUAGGAUUUUAGUUUUAGGAAAAAUCGGUUUGAUUUCUAGCUUUAUUACUAUUAGGUGUGUGAGCUUGGGCAGAUCGCCUAAUCAUUGAGUCUAGUUUUCUCACAGAACGAGGACAUUAGGCUAAAUGAUUUCCGAGUUUCCAGCUAGUCCUAGAGUUCUAUAUUUCUACAUAGUUGAAUUAUUUUAUCAUGCUGUUGCUGGGGAAUAUGACUAACACUUUUGAAGCUACUAAUUUUAUGUCGAGCUUUAAAGUCCAUAAUUGUUAUCUUCGGAAAAUAUUAUUUGACCUACAGUAUGUCCAAAUCAAUUUAAUAAAAUCACUUUAUAACAGG